UAAUUUCUUAUCCAAUUUUUAGAUACCGGAGCAUAGGGCUGGCAACUGUGCAGUCAAGAAAGCAAAUGUAACGAUGAAAGUCAUGAAGCAAGUGAAUCGAUCAGCUGAGGCCAUGCGCACCAAGACUAGCAUGAAGAAUAAUGUUAUUUGGAACUUGCCCAAGAACGUCCUAUAUUAGCUCAGGGCAUCUCCUCAUCUUCUUGUUGCUGUAGCAAAUGUCAGGAAUUUGCUUAUGUCUAGUGCUGGGGUAGAGUAGAGAGUAGAGACCAUACUUCCUUUUCAUUUUGUCAUACACCUCCCAUUUCAACACCAAGCUUUUAAGUUGUCGCAUUUCAGAGAUGUAGUAUUUAUAGAAUAUCGUGUUUUUUGAAAUAAUGCGGAUAAAGUAUACUAUUUCAUAAAAAAAAAAUUUCAAGCAGUGUUAUUCUUUUAAAAUUUUAAGUUUACUGUGUUAAUUUAAAAAAAAAACUACUGCUAGUUUGUAACUUUGAUUGUUUCUUUAGCUUUAUAUGCCGACAGAAAACUCAGGCCAUAAAAGGGCUACUCUCGUUGAGACACUGCGCCAUUUCCCUUUUCCUUUCUUUCCUUUUCCCUCACUUUCUCCUUGUGCUUCUUGUUCGUUUCAAACAUUAAUUUCCCUUUCUUGGCCAUGGAUUUCUGCCAGAAUGUGACGGUUUCCGGUGAGUAUCAUCACCAGCAAGAGCAUGUCCUUGCUUCCCCUCCUCCUUGCUCUAAGCUUGCCGCCGCCGCCGCCGCCAGUAAUAGUCCUCUUGAUGACCUCUUCUCUGCUCAAAACACGGAAGUUGAUUUUAGCAUGGAAUGGCUGUCAGUAUUUGUAGAAGACUGCUUAUCCAGCACAGGAAACUGCCUCCCAGCACCAACAAAUGAUGCUCAAAAGACAAACACAGAAGAAAACCCCCCAAAACCCUUGCAACAGAAACCCCAAGACCAAGAAAACCCAUCUUCCUUGAAGAAACUUGCAGUCCCAGGAAAGGCAAGAAGCAAGAGAAGAAGGACUACUGGUGACAGAAGCAGAAACCAAUUAACUAGCUGGUGUUAUACCAACCAAGCCUUUAAUAUGGCAUGCUCAGACCCUCCUUUGCUCCAGCAAACACAUUGGUUAGCUGAUAGUGAACUCAUUACGCCCAUAAAAGAUGGUAGCGACAACAGAGGCACAGAUGGUGAGGUACAAGAAAAAUCAGGAGCGGAAGGUGAUGUUGAGGAGGACCUAGGAAAGGUAUUAGAAGUAGGGAGUAGCAGUAGUAAGGACAGUACAGGGAGUUUGGAGAGCGACAAUGGGCAGCAACAACCAAGGAGGUGCACCCAUUGCCUUGCACAAAGGACCCCACAAUGGAGGGCAGGACCAUCGGGUCCAAAAACACUCUGCAAUGCAUGUGGAGUAAGAUACAAGUCAGGCAGGUUACUGCCAGAGUAUAGGCCAGCAAAGAGCCCUACUUUUGUGAGCUAUUUGCACUCCAACUCUCAUAAGAAGGUAAUGGAGAUGAGAAUGGCCAACUCUGCUGUCUUCAAUACCUAGUCAGCAACAGUAAUUAACUUCCAAAUCCCCCUUUCCAAUGUAUACUAAAAACUUGUAGUCCCAUUAGAAGCUGGAUCAAGUUCUUAGCUGGUAAUGCAGUGAAUUCCGAAUUAUUUGUUGAGAAUUAGUUUCUACACAGAAAGGAGUACUUGAUGUGAUAUGGGAUUCCCUUGCUAAUUGGCACAAAGUGCUUUCCAUAA